AUGGCUCCACUGAACGCCACUCAAAAUAAUGGCAUGGCCCCAGCUAGGCCCCAAAGACCAGUCCCAAGAGCGGCUGGAAAAGACAUGAAACUGCUGAUAAAUUUGAAAGAAAGGGUAGAAGCCGCCCAACAAAGCCCGGAGCGACCAAGAAGACCCAUACCAACUGAGUCUAGCCCACCCAUGUCAUCUGGGCCCACUACUACACAAUCAACCAACUCAGUCCCAGUAAGACCCACGAGGCCUUCGCAAUCUCGUGGGAAGGACAUUAACCGACUGAAGGCUAUGAAAGCUUCAAAAUCUGAUUCGAAGCCCCACCAAGGAAAAAAGAGAAAGCACGAUGGUGACUCGGAUAGUCAAGAACAACCAAAGAAAAAUAGAACAUCAAGGAAGUAA